AUGUCCACCCAUCUCAAAACCAGCCUCAUCACCGCCGAAAAAGAAAUCACCGACGACCUCAAAGCCUCCAUGAAAUCCGCAAUCAAAACCGCCCUCCCACACCUCCACAUCUUGCGCCCCCAGUCCUGGUCCUCUUUCCUAUCCACCCUCGAUUCCCUACCCGACUACCUUCUCAACAAAACUCCUCAACACAAGAGCCUGCACCGUCGCAUCCACUCCCUCAUCCUCGAAGACAUCGACGCGUUCGUCUGGUCGAUACGGAAUACCAGUCCUUCCGUGUCUAGCUCCUCGAAUACGCUCGCGACGGCAUCGACACAGCUCACCACCCGCGUUGCAAAGCUGAGCAAGCUACUCUCCUGCGCUACGGUAUUGACAUCGCAGUCUAACUUGCUGUCAUCGUACCGGCCGGCGUUGCCUACAUCGUGGCCUCAGGGCACACCUGUUACACGGUUAGCAGUUCGGCGUGUGGAUGUACUCAAGUUUGCUCCGGGGAUUAGUGUGGAAGAUGCGGAGAAGGAGAGGGUGCAGCGGUGGGAGGUUGUUGGUCGAGGACGAUUUGAGUGUUGGAGGGUUGGUGUGGGGGCGAGGGACGGCGAAGGAUUUGUUUUCAGGGUAGGGAAGGGGGUUGAGAUGGAAAGGGAUGGAGCAAGGUGA